UGAUGCCACAAUGUGAACGAAAUAGCCCGGACGAAUGUUAAAGAGGCAAAACGCAUUGUACAGGACGCCAAGGUCUCGGAUGAUCUUGCUGUUGUGUAUCGUGACGUCUACCAUGAUAUCCUUAGGGCUUACUUUAGCAAUUACUCUGCUGAUGGUGUGAAUGAAGAUACCUACAUGCAUGAUGCACUGCAACCACUGCUCAAGGCAUAUUUCCCGAACGACGAUAUCAUCUGUCGGGAAGGUGCCAACGGUACUAUUAAAGCAUCUAGCUCUCGCAAGCAGAAGUUCGACCCUGACUCCCAUGGCCGCAAGGGCGAUUGCAGUGUAAAGACCAAUGAUGGAUGCCUCAACCAACUGAUACUCCUGGUUGAGGUCAAGCCCCCUCGCAACACCACAAGCAAUGACUUGGUCAAGCUUGGCAAGUGCCUCAAGGACGUCGUUGAUAAAUUGGAUGAGGAUGGUGUUCGGGAUGUAUUAGUUUGUGGCCUGUUGGCUGAGGGCUAUCAUUGCAGAGCCUUUGCCAUGGAUCUAAAAUUUCACGGCCUGUAUCGCAUGAUUCAUCUUGGUAUCUUUUAUGUACCACAAGACUCGAACAACCUGGAUGUGCUAUGCGGCGCCUUCCAGGUCAUGAACCUCCUCAUGCCCAUCGUCAUCCGUAACGCCAAGCACAUCAAAAAGCAAACUCGUAAGCGUGCCCCUCCAUCCACAAUGGCUCUCCCAUCAUUUGAGUCGCCCAUCCGCAUCAACGAAGAACAAAAGCGGCUCUUACUUAACAUGUCGAAUCCCCGUGUGAAACGUGCUGCCAGAAAACUCAAUUUUGGAUAAUGAUGUGAUCAGUGUCUCUCCCCUACAUACAUACUCCUCUUUUUCUACAAUAAUGCACAUU